CACCACUGGGGAGAUCGGGACGGGAGAACUUCUGGGCAGCGCGGACAGCACAAGGCAGCCCCCUGCCAAUCGCGAUCGCCGCACACCAUCACUGCCACCAAGACCCCCUUAUUUAUUGUCAUCAUUAUCAUCAUCCCGUAUCGUCACCAUCAUCUUCUUCACGGCACGUAUAUCGAUCCCGCUACCAACUGUUCGGCUAGCGUGCAAAUAUCAAGCGCACACGGCUGGAUAAACCCCGGCAGCUGCUCGCAUGACAGACUUUGCCUGGGGAAAAAAAAGAGAAAAUGCUCUGGGAAAAAAAUCGUCAGGCCCCGCACCGCGUGACGACAAAUUUUGCUCUGUGUUGGGGGCUUGGGUUUCCGCGGUCUGGUUUCACUAUGGAGGAGUCGAGCCACGCGUCCGAGUUUUGAUGAUGUUGCCAGUUGAUGAUCUGACAGUGCGAUUCCGGCGCUAACCGGGGACCCGUGCAGCCUUCCGCCGCCUUGUUAAUGACAUUAAGAGAGACCCGGCCUGAUAUGCUUUUUCACGCCUCGCGAUGAUACGGACAUGACGAAACGUGCGGGAGUUUAACUAGUGGAUUGUCUUUCUCUCUGCGGUAGUGCCGUUUUCUACACCAAUAUGCCUCUGUUAAUGCAACAACUAGCCUGGAUCUUGCUGCUUGAGGGUUACAGAAUAGGGUGUCUGGCUUCGGAAGCUGAAAAUAACCUCCACAAACAUCUAUUCAAUGGCAGCUACAACACGCGCCCUCUACCGGUCGUCAAUGCAUCCGAUAUCCUGACGGUGUUUUUCGAUUUGGCAGUGACCCAAAUUGUCGACGUGGAUGAGAAAAACCAGGUCUUCACUUCAAAAGUGUGGAUGAAACAGGUUUGGACAGAUCCAAAGCUACACUGGAACCCGGAAGACUUUGAAGGGAUAAAGAACAUCAAGGUUCCAACGUCGAAAAUAUGGAUUCCAGACAUUCUCAUCUACAACAAUGCCGACGGACCUUUUGGGAUCGACUCCAAGGCAUGGGCGAACAUCGCCCACAACGGGACGGUCACCUGGUUCCCUCCCGUCGUUUAUCGUAGCUCUUGCAAGAUCAACGUCCGCUACUACCCCUUCGACGAGCAGAACUGCACCAUGAAGUUCGGCUCCUGGACCUACGACGGUGGCGUGGUGGACCUGGUGCCGCUGAACAACAAAGCCGGUCGGAAGGACUACUGGGAGAACGGCGAGUGGCAGAUGAAAGAGUCACCCUGCAUCAGGCACGUCCAGAAGUACCUGUGCUGCGAAUAUCCCUACAUCGACAUCACGUGCAGCUUCAUCCUGCGCCGUAAACCUCUCUAUUACUUUGCCUACUUGCUGCUGCCCUGCGGGCUCAUCUCCUUCAAUACCGUCUUAGUCUUCUACUUACCUCCCGACAUCAGCGAGAAGAUGUCGCUGUGUACCUCUGUGCUGCUCUCCAUGGCCGUGUUCCUGCUGCUGGUGACCCAGCAGAUCCCGGCCAACGCUACCGACUUCCCGCUAAUCGUCAAGUACCUGCUCUUCACCAUGGUGGUGGUGUCCUCCUCCAUCGUCUUCACCGUAUUCAUUCUAAACAUCCGGUUCAGGUCGCCGCAGACUCACACCAUGCCCAAAUGGGUACGGUGGCUCAUGAUCAACACCUUGCCCAAGUACCUGGGCAUAAAGAGACCUGAACGGUACUCACUACGGUACCGCACAGUGGGGGUCACCAUAACUCGAGAUGCGUUGUCGUCCAGCUACCUCGACGCGAGGAAAAUCAUUAUGGAGAACAAAGGCAAUAAUUACAAUGUGCGCAUGCGCAAUGAAAUGGAAAAUGAAACUGAGACCGAAUCUGAUAGUGAUUUGCAUCAAGGCGGAAUGCAGCCACUGAGAUACCUACCUACUACACAUGUAGGUACUAAAUGCCCAGAGGCCAUGGUCGUUAAUAACGCCAUAGAGGAGAUCAUGUAUCUGACGUCACAGUGUGCCAAUGAAGAGGACGACAAACGGGAGAAAGAAGACUGGAAAUACAUCGCAAUGGUGGUGGAUCGCAUUUUCCUCAUUGGCUACCUAUGCGCCCUGUUCGCAGGCAACGUGGGGAUUAUCUUCGAGUCACCCAACGCUAAGGAGUUCUUCUUCGGCGGAUGACGGAAACCGUUUGGAACGGGCAGAAUGUAAUAUGGCAUAGAGGAAGACCACAUUUCAAACGUCGAGUAAUGCGUUCCUGCCUUUGAGGUGAAGCGGCUUCGUUUACAAGAAUUCUGCUGACACUGAUCCCGUAUGUCAAGUCUGUGUUACACAGCAAAGGCCUUUCUGUGCUUGAUGUUGGGGUUUGCAAUAAAGAUUUUUCUAUAUUAAACAACCCAUUUUACGCAAGUAUUAAGAUGUUUUAAAAGAGGGCGGGUGCCAACACUGCUUAAGGAGUAUUGUGCUUUCAUUGUUUUAAUGGAAUGGCAACUUCCUUUUUGCCUACCCUUGGAAAUGCUGCUAGAGGCAAUAUCAAAGCAUGGAGCAUUUAAUAGCUCCAUGAUCAAAGCCGCAUACAGGCGAGGCGCAUGCGUCAUUUUAAUCUACUUUCCGUUAAUUGGGUGUAUGUGAACAUUUCGAAACGAUUGGAACAAAGUUUGCACGCAUCAAGACUUCCGUAAAUGUAACCCCAAGGUAAACUGAAUGGGAGACUUUUAGACGUUGUUGGCAGCAGACAUACCGGCCCCUUUUCACAGUUCUGCGCCUGCUCAGAAUAAUGUGCGCAUGCUCAGAACUGGUAAAAAGGACUGGUAUGUGUGCUGCCACCAAGCGUCUGAAGGUUUCUCAUUGGACGGCAAAACACAUUCGACCUUAGAGUAGAAAUAGGGCCUUCUGUUUAUUUCACAAGACACUUUCUGGAAUUCACUGGUAUGCGCCAAGGCCUGCCUCCUGAACGUCAACUAUUCCAAUCGUCUUGCAGGCGUUGCAAUAACACUAGGGCCUACUAUCAGCAUUGUUAUUCUCACUUUAUCUCAGGCUUGUAAAUACGGCUGCCAUUACUCUGCACACUCUGUGAGGUACCAAACCAAAGCAGGUUUUGAAUAUCAGCCCAUGUAAUCUCUCAGUGCACCGCAUAUCUUUUACAGAAUAUACGCUGUGCACAUUUGCUGUGAACUUCUUAAAGUAGUUGAUAGACGUUUGUGGCAACCCUUUAGAAAAUUUUGCCAGAGCAUGGUUUUCCAGAACCAGAUAUUUGACCGGAUAUAAUCGUUACAACGAAGGAAAAACAAGACUUGCAGAUAUAUUGGUCAAUUAAAAAAAAAUAAAUCACAAAAAUUCAAUGGCCUCAUCUUUUCUUUGUUAGAAAAAUUAAAUUAUACUUCAAUAGAGUAGAAAGAUUCCAUACUUUCAAUUUGAAAAGAAUUAAAUAAUUUUCCACUCUGUCUUUACAAAUAAUGUAUUAUUAACAAAUAAUGUAUUAUUAAUGUUAAUAUAGAUUUCUAUGUAUAUUGGUUGGAUGAGCGGCACACUGUCCGCAGAACAGUACUGUACGGGUUUGUCUCAAAGACAUGUCCUUAGGAUUAGAAGUGGCCUUGGUCAAGCUGAUAUGAAAUUAAUAGGAGCAAUAGAAUGGGGCUUUCACCCAAAAGCUCCUUGAAAAAUAUGUUCGCUUCCGUCGAGCCGAGAGAUUUUCUGCUCUCAUGAGUUUUGAGUGAUAGGAUCAGCUAAUGGGGUGUCGAUAUUGCCCAUGGCUGACGAUCGCUUAGCAUAGAGGGAGGGGCCUCGGCUUGUAAGGACCAGCGCACCAGUCCUGAGGGCCUCCAUUAUGAAAUAUCACAUUAGCGCUUAAUGAGACGUUCCCCGUCACUCACUGAUUGAUGCCAGUGCGUUGGCCUGAUGUGAUCUUUGAGCCAACUGUAUGGUGCGUGACGAAGUUUUGCUUCAGUAAUGGUGAAAGAGGUUAUUGGCUAAGAUGAUAUUUCAUGCACAUUGAUUUAUUGUGACCGCUUUUCUGAUUUAUUGUGACCACUUUUCUGAUUUGUAUCAAAGCGAAAUCAUGUGAUUAGCAGCGCCAUAAAAUCGGUCACGUUUGAAUUUAUGACAAAAAUUAUCGUUUCAUUUCACAACCCGUAUUUUACAAGGCAGUGAUGUGGCUUUGUAAUUGUGAUUAUAAAAAACAAUACCAACACCCAUGCAGUGGAUAAAUUAUUACGUAAGGUAUCCGCGCCACAAAAGAUUACACCCAUCAUAAGUACCGCUAUCACAUUAUCCUCACCGACGCACCCUCUGCGAAUAAUUCUAAAAGCAAGGCGCAAUGGAUUCGCCAAUUCCAUAAAUAGGCUUACAUGUACAAAUUAGUAUGCCGCACAUAUUACUUUUAACGUUAACCUCAUUACCAUAAUGUAUACAAAUACUAGUUGAUGAUAGAGUGCAGAUAAUAAUUAUCUGACACUUUGGGUGAAGAUUUUUUAUAACGUCAGCUGAAUCCUUUUAAUACAAUACAAUUCAAUUCAGUGACGUGUAUGUUUGGCGCCCUGGCCUCUGUAUGGCUACAUAGUACGACAAAUUUUUUAGUAUGACUAUAAAUUGUUUACUUUUAGAAACACUUAAGGGGUGUGUCUCUGUCUAACAACUGAUCUUGCAAAUAACUGAACAAUAUUUGGUCUUUUAAAGCCAGUAAUCAUGGCACAGAGUGCUAAAAAGGUCGCGUAGGCAAGGCUAUUGAUUGUGAGUCGUAAAAAGUACAAUCUAAUUCACGUAGUUCUUAUUCUGUACAUUGAAUGUCUCAUUUUUCAUUGGACAUAGAAUAUAUUUAAUAAACGUGCGUUCCGCACUUAUUCUUGAAACACAA